AUGGAGGCGGCGCGCGGGCAGAGCGCGGCGUUCGACUGCACGCCCCAGCCCGCCGCCCUCCGCCCCGACUGGAUGUCGGCGCUGCCCGACGCCCUGCCGCUCUCCUGCCUCUCCGUGCCCGGCACCCACGACUCCCUGAGCCUGUUCGGCGGCCGGCGCCUGCGGUGCCAGAGCUGGGGGCUGGAGGCGCAGCUGGCGGCCGGCGUGCGCUUCCUGGACGUGCGGUGCAAGCUGGAGCGGGGCGAGCUGCUCGUGUACCACCUCUGCGCCUUCCAGCGGGCCAGCCUGGGGGGCGUGCUGCGCCGCGCCCUGCGCUUCCUCCGCGCGCACCCCCGCGAGGCCGUGCUCGUGCGCAUCAAGGAGGAGCUGCCCCUCUUCGGCCGGCCCGGCUUCGCCGCCCGCCUCCGGCGCUGCCUGGCCGAGGAGGGAGGAGGCCGCGUGUGGUGCCGGGAGGAGGUGCCCACGCUGGGCCAGGCGAGGGGCAAGAUCGUGGUGCUGGAGGAGCUGCAGCGGCAGGUGCUGGGCAUCCCCUACCAGCGGCUGAGCGUCAGCGACGCCUGGAACGUGCUCUCGCUGCAGCGCAAGUGGGCCCAGGUGCAGCAGCACCUGGAGACGGCGGCCGGCGGCGACCCAGCCACCCUGCACCUCACCUUCUGCUCCGGCAACGGGCUCUUCACCUGCCCCGCCGAGGUGGCCCGGUUUGUGAACCCCCGCUGCCACCGGCACCUGCAGCGCCGCUCGGGGCAGGCCGUGCGCUGGGGGGUCGUCAUCAUGGACUUCCCGGGGGCCGACCUCGUCCGCCUCAUCGUGGAGAGCAACGCGCCGUGGGGCACGGCGGCCGUCCCCCGCGUCCCCGCAGCACCCGCACGGCAGCGGAGCCGGGGCGCGCCGGCGCGCAGAGCAUCCCUCGGUACCCGCACCGCCGUCCCCCGGGCCAGCCGGACGCCGCUGCCGGCCCCGUGCCUCUGCCGAAGGACGUCAGCACCUUUGCAGCAAAAGCGUGUGUCUAGCUCUUGCGCUGCGUUAGGAAGGCGCGUGACGGCGGUGUGA